AUGCUCGGUCAAUCGAACGACCCUACAGUAGGCGCGUCGCCGUACCGAUCAGCUGCUUCGUUUUACGGGGCCACCGGAAAUCCUUCCGCCAGUGCUGGUCCUUUAAUAGGUGCUGCGGGUGGCGCCGGCGCAGGUUCCGCUUCUGUAUCCGCGUCUCCCAGUGUGGCGGAACGAAGAGCGGAGAUCGUCGCGCAUCAUCUCCGCGUGGCCGCGUCUCUGGCUUCCGCCGUUUCCGCCAUCGACGGCUCCGCAGGCUCCGCCGGUUCCGAUGAUCCUCCCCCGCUGGACCUAGAGAGCGCAACUGUUCGCGCGGAAGGGCAAUUUCCGCCAGGCGAGAUCGGGGGAGACUUGAGAGUGACAGUAACGAACGAGACAGGAAUGAAUGGCGCAUUCAAGAGCGAGACGGAAGCUGAAGCGGCGGAACGGACUGAUUGGGAUCGGUCGACGGAAGGGGAUGGUAGACCUGACGAGGUGGGGGGCAGUGAUCCGAAACGGACCGAGAAUAAGCGGAUCGAUAGCCGUCGCGGAAAUAGCGGCGGCGGCGGCGGUGUUGGUGGCGGAAGUGGUAGUGGUAGCGGUGGACAGAGGAGAUCAGGCGGAAGCGGAGACGCGGAUGCGGGGGAGACUUCGAGGCAAAACGAAGGCGGACGCCCCCCGCGCAGCCCUGAGGACGGGAGCGGCAGUCGCGGAAGGAAGAAGGGCAGCGCCAAGCGGUAUCCAGUGCGCCGGCAACUGUUUUCCGCGGGAGGGCGACGCGCGGGCGCCGCAACGGGGGGAAACGGGGGCGGGGAUGGAGCCGGCGGAGCAGGCGAACGGGGCGGAAGAGGCGCGCGGGGAUCUUCCGCGGGGCAGGGUGAGGAGUGGCGGGCUCCGCAGCCGUGGGGGCGCGCGGGGAGAGCAGUGCGGUCGGUGCUCCGCACAUGGGGUUGGGACACGUUGUUCUGGCGGCACGAGGAGCAGGGGCAGCUGCUGGGAGGAGGGCGGGCGAGCGGAGAAUCAGGGCGGGCGGAAGAUGGCGCGCAGGAGGAGGAAGGCGGGGGAGGGGAGGGGGGAGGAGAGGGGUCGGGGGCGGGGGCGGGGGAGAGGGGGAGGCAGUAUCCGCAGGGCGCGCAGGGGGAUCCGCUGGAGAGUUUGGACUAUGAUGUGAUAGACAACUCGGUGUAUCGCGAGGAACAGUCGUCCCACACUCGCACUUACACGCCCUCCACGUCCCUGUUCCCUCUUCGCCCGUCGCCCCUCCUCCCUGCUGUUUUCGUCUCCGUUGUCUUCUGUGCACGUUCCUUCUCUCCCCCUGCUCGCAUGACUUUUGAGGCGCCUCUUUUGAGGUGCCUCAAAAGUCGCCCCUCCUUCUCCCUGCUGUUUUCGUCUCCGUUGUCUUCUGUGCACGUUCCUUCUCUCCUCCUGCCUGCCCGCAUGUUGGCAACGUCUCUCUCAGUGCUUGCCACUCCUCCCUUCUCUUCCUCCCUUCCCUGCUACACCUCUUCCUCCCCAAACCCCCUGCCCCGACCUCCUCACCCUGCAAGGAGGGGCAAGUUGCACCAGAUGGGGUACCUCAUAGUCAAGUGGGUCUUUGCUCUCUGCCUCGGCAUAGCGUUCCUUCCCUCUCAUCGUCUGUCAUGCUCCCCGAUGCUCUCCCCUGCCGCUCUCUGCCGCGUACACCUGCAUGAACCUCUCGCAUCCCAUGCCAUGCCGACCUCUCUGCCCUGCCCUCUCCACUCAACCCAUCCCCACAGCCACGGGUCUGGCAGCCUUCUCCAUCAACCAACGGGUCUGGCAGCCUUCUCCAUCAACGUGGCAGUGGAGAUUCUCGCGGGGUGGAAGUUCGGGGCGACGUGGUGGGUGAUGCAGCGCUCGCACGCGCUGGCCUUCGUGGUGUAUCUGGCGUUCAACGUGCUGCUCGUCUUCUCCUCCUCCUUCAUCGUUACCCGCUUCGCCCCCGCCGCUGCCGGCUCGGGGAUUCCAGAGAUCAAGGGGUACCUGAACGGUAGUGUUGGCUGGCUGCGGAUGUGGGUUGUGGGCUGUUUAGCUACCUACCCGCAUGGCUAUGUGUGGUGGGUGAUGCAGCGCUCGCACGCGCUGGCCUUCAUGGUGUAUCUGGCGUUCAACGUGCUGCUCGUCUUCUCCUCCUCCUUCAUCGUUACCCGCUUCGCCCCCGCCGCUGCCGGCUCGGGGAUUCCAGAGAUCAAGGGGUACCUGAACGGUAGUGUUGGCUGGCUGCGGAUGUGGGUUGUGGGCUGUUUAGCUACCUACCCGCAUGGCUAUGUGUGGUGGGUGAUGCAGCGCUCGCACGCGCUGGCCUUCAUGGUGUAUCUGGCGUUCAACGUGCUGCUCGUCUUCUCCUCCUCCUUCAUCGUUACCCGCUUCGCCCCCGCCGCUGCCGGCUCGGGGAUUCCAGAGAUCAAGGGGUACCUGAACGGUAGUGUUGGCUGGCUGCGGAUGUGGGUUGUGGGCUGUUUAGCUACCUACCCGCAUGGCUAUGUGUGGUGGGUGAUGCAGCGCUCGCACGCGCUGGCCUUCAUGGUGUAUCUGGCGUUCAACGUGCUGCUCGUCUUCUCCUCCUCCUUCAUCGUUACCCGCUUCGCCCCCGCCGCUGCCGGCUCGGGGAUUCCAGAGAUCAAGGGGUACCUGAACGGUAGUGUUGGCUGGCUGCGGAUGUGGGUUGUGGGCUGUUUAGCUACCUACCCGCAUGGCUAUGUGUGGUGGGUGAUGCAGCGCUGGCACGCGCUGGCCUUCAUGGUGUAUCUGGCGUUCAACGUGCUGCUCGUCUUCUCCUCCUCCUUCAUCGUCACCCGCUUCGCCCCCGCCGCUGCCGGCUCGGGGAUUCCAGAGAUCAAGGGGUAUCUCAACGGCAUUGAUAUGCCGGGCAUCCUGUUGGUGCGCACGCUGGUUGGUAAGAUGCUGGGCAGUGUGGGGUCGGUGGCUGGUGGGCUGGCGCUGGGCAAGGAAGGCCCUCUCGUGCACACUGGCGCGUGCCUUGCUGCUCUCAUCGGCCAGGGCGGCUCAUCGCGCUACCGCAUCCCCUUCAAGUGGUUCCGGGCAUUCCGCAAUGACAGGGACAGGCGAGACAUGGUCACGUGUGGAGCGGCAGCGGGGGCAGCAGCGGCGUUCAGAGCACCAGUAGGGGGAGUGCUGUUUGCACUGGAGGAGGUCACGUCCUGGUGGCGCCCGCAGCUCAUGUGGAGGGUGUUCUUCACGUCAGCAGUGGUAGCGGUGGUGCUCAAGGCGUGCAUGCGCUGGUGUGCCAGCGGGGAGGGAGCGAGUGAGUUCUUCUCCUAUCAGCUGCUACCCAUGACCAUGCUCGGUCUCAUGGGUGGUCUUCUAGGGGCGCUAUUCAACCAGCUCACGCUCUACCUCUCCGCGUGGCGCCGCAACUACCUUCACAAGCGGGGCGAUCGAGUCAAGAUCAUAGAGGCAUGUCUGGUGGCAGCAGCCACGUCAGCACUGUCCUUCACCAUCCCCUUCCUGGCGCCGUGCCGGGCGUGCCCCGACCCCAUGCGCUACCCUGACAUUGUGUGCCCGCGCCCCAAGUACCACUGGGGGAACUUCGUGCAGUUCAACUGCCCUCGUGACGACCAGUACAAUGACCUCGCCACCAUUUUCUUCAACACACAGGACGACGCCAUCCGCAAUCUGUUCAGCAGCGGCACCAUUCAGGAGUACAGCGCCACCACCCUUAUCUCCUUCCUCCUCAUCUUCUUCUGCCUGGCGGUGCUGACGUAUGGCAUUGCAGUGCCGUCAGGGCAGUUCGUGCCGGGCAUAAUGAUUGGCGCCACGUAUGGCCGCCUGGUGGGCAUGCUCAUGGUGCACAUGUACGGCCAGGACAACACGGACGAGGGCACGUAUGCGCUGCUGGGCGCGGCAUCGUUCCUAGGGGGGUCGAUGCGCAUGACGGUGUCGCUGUGUGUGAUCAUGGUGGAGAUCACCAACAACCUCAACCUCCUCCCACUCAUCAUGCUCGUCCUCCUCGUCUCCAAGGCGGUGGGAGACGGGUUGAACGCGGGUUUCUACGACCUGCACGCGCAGCUGCGUGGCAUCCCCAUCCUGGAGGCCCAGUCGCAGCGCUUCAUGCGCAUGCUGUCCGCGCGGGACGCGGCGUCCACCAAGGUGGUGUACUUUGCGCGCGUGGAGAUGGUGGGGCGCAUCGCCGAGGUGCUACGGUCUACGUCGCACAAUGGAUACCCCGUGCUGCAGGACCUGCCUGAUGGGCACACGGCGCUUGCCGGGCUGAUUCUGCGCAGCCAGCUGUUGGUGCUUCUGCGCUCCAAGGCGGACUUUCAGCAGUCGCCCACCGAGAGAAUGCACCCCCUGCAGACCAGCUCCCUGCGCUCGCUGGGAAGCUACUCGUUCUCAGACUUUGCCAAGCCGGUGUCCACCAAGGGCAUCACCAUUGGGGACAUAGAGCUGUCGCGGGAGGACCUCACGCUCUGGAUCGACCUGGGGCCGUUCCUCAACCCCACGCCCUUCAUUGUUGACGAGAACAUGUCGCUCACUAAGGUGCACACGUUGUUUCGGCAGCUGGGACUGCGCCAUCUGUGUGUGGUGCCGCCUCCCUCCAGAGCUGUUGGCAUCAUCACGCGCAAGGACCUUCUGCCUGAG